AUGGCAGCGACAAAAUUACCACAAGAUUGUUUACGCCAGAUUUUGGCGGAAUGUCAUGCUAAUGACGAUCUCCUAUACAAUUAUUUAUUUGUUAAUUGGUCGUGGUGUGAAUGUGUCAUACCGUUACUAUGGCAGUACCCAUUCGAGCGAAAAGAUGGUACUGUUUUUCGUGAGGAAAGAAGUUUUCAAUUUAUCAGAACUUUGAUAACUUGUUUACCACAAGACUCCAAAGAAUUACUUCAGGAAAGCGGCAUUCCAUUACCACCUAAUGAUGCGAAUAUCAAAACAUUCGAUUACCCAGCUUUUAUCCAGAAAUUGGAACCACAACGUAUGAGAUGGGCGACACAAGAAUGGAUCGAUAGAUCAAUCCUAACCUCAUCUUCACCAACAACGAUUAACGAAAACACACAACUCGACCGAAAAAAUUUCAUUUUACUACAAGAGAUUUUGAAAUUAUUAGUACGACGAGGAAAACGUCUCUCUAAAUUUGUCUUGUCAGAAACAUCCAUUGAUUAUGACGAUAGCGCACAAAUUCCAAUCCACUUGCUACCAAAUGCACAAAACUUUAUGGAACAAAUUAGGUUUUUAGUAUGUGCUUUCCCACAUGAAAUUCCAGAUUCCACAUUUUAUUCACUUGCACAGUCAGCAACAAAUAUCGAAGGAUUUGAUGUUUCGGUAAAAUCCGAAAGUGAAGGCUUAAUUCAGCUUAUACGUGCUCAACAUGGCAUAAAAGAACUAACACUUUCCGGUGAUCGAUUUAACCCUAAAUUCGAUGAAGUUUUAAAAGCACACACGCAUACAAUAACACGCGUUGAAUGCUUUGAGACUUUGAGCAUGUCCCCCGAUACGCUGACUCAAUGUCGAAAUCUCAAAGUUCUAAACUUGUAUUGCAAGAUCCCUGAGAAUACUUUUGUCACUUUAGGAGAUGCGCAAUUCCCUUUCCUUCAAAAACUUGAUAUCAAGUUACGAAAUAAGUUGGAUCUAGAGCGAUUAAGCCGAAUCAUUCAGACAACGAUGGGACGAAUGGAAGUGUUAAAACUGCAUUGGGACACAUUUGAUCCUGAAAAUACUCAUACGCUGAUUAAAGCCAUCGGAGAUCAUUGUCCACGCAUUGUUGAAUUAGUGAUUCCAAUUAAAUCUGAAGACGCGUCCGGCUUAGCUUUCUUACUGUUGAAAUGCCGUCAUGUACGAUCAAUCAUGUUGAUUUCGAAGGCUGACUCCGUGCAAGAUGGCGUACAAUUGGUUAAUGCAAUCGCUGAUAAUGCUUCGGCUGCAUUAAGAAAUUGUAUUAUUUGCGGACGUUGGAAUUAUACACCUGAAGUCUGGCAAACAUUUUGUGAGCGACAACAAAGAACCUCGCCACCAAUUCGUAUCUCGCUUAUCGAUAAAGUUAAAUUAAGUCCUGAAAUUACUAAAAUUCUGAGUGAUUACAAUAGAUCGGGGCGUAUACGAUAUGAUGGUUGA